GGAGAAGAAGGAGGUCCACUGGUUUGUGAAUGAUGUGUGGAGAGGGUCUGCACGUGUGGAGGACUACCCCCUGGACACACCUAUGUGGGGGGUCGUGGACGUGUAUGCACUGUGUAAACAAGUCAAGGCAGAGAUUUGCACUGUGUCCAGGUACAACCCUGACUCAGAGAGGAGGCUGAGAGAGAUGGGACUAGUACGUACAGGAUGCAAGACCUCAAGCAGUGGGAACACGGUCAUUGUUUGAGAGAAUGCUAGGGUUUGGAUCAACUAAGUCACAAGAUGACGUCACUUCAACCUUGCGUUGGGAAAAUGUUCAGCUUCAGCAACAACUAACAAGCUCUAAUGAACAGCUCACACAAUCACACUCUGACAAUCAACAACUUCAACUGUUGGUGUCAGAAAAAGGCCAAGAAAACACUCGAUUACAGCAACAACUAACACUUGCCAACAACCAACGACAGAGAUCUGACACAGAGAACCAACAGCAGAUAGGGACCCUCAGAGGACAAGUGGACGUCCUCCAACAAAGAGUGACCUCUCUCUCAGCCACCAAUCGUAGCAGCCACCCUCAGGAAGUGGAGUUCUGGCAGGUGUCUCCAGAGGAGGUGUCUAUUAGAGAGGACGAGAUUCUUGGCCGAGGGGCCUGGGGCUACGUUGCCAAGGGAACCUUUAGAGGAACAACGGUGGCCGUUAAACGAGUGUAUCCUGAAAUCCUACGACAGACUACGGUGGAUCGAAUUCGUCGUGAGAUUCGCAUCAUGGCUCAGAUCCGCCACCCCAACCUUGUCCUCUUUGUUGCUGCCAUCCUCAACGAGCAAACAGGUCCCAUGAUUGUCACAGAGCUCCUGGAUACCUCUCUACGUUCUGCCUACCAGGACAAUCGUGUUGGUCCCAACAAGCGAAGGAUCUUUGGAGACAUCUCCUCAGCUCUGGUUUAUCUCCAUCGCCAGAGGGAACCCAUCAUCCACAGAGAUGUGAGCUCUGCUAAUGUCCUCCUUCUCUCUCUACCCAACAACAAAUGGCUUGCCAAACUGUCUGACUUUGGAUCAGCCAACCUAGCUCGAGAUGCCACUACUCCUGGAGAAGGUGCUAUCCUGUACACUGCCCCUGAGGCCUAUCCCCAACCACCUACGUCAUCUCAACCACCACCACAACAGACGACAAAGAUCGAUGUGUACAGUUUUGGAGUGCUUGCUUGUAAAGUGGUGACUCGAACAUUUCCGAAAUCUGAACUGUUUCUGCGUCUGCUAUCGAGUAUGGAAGGUGUAUGGCGGGAGCUCCACCCACUCAUCACCUCCUGUGUCUCUCACUCCCCUCAGGACAGACCCUCCAUGGACACUGUGCUACACCACAUCAAACAAUUGGACUCGGAGCCUUGAGGACAUUUAUUUUAGUGUCAUGUGCAUGCAUAUGAUGUGUCUAUUUUUCGCUUAGUUUAUUUGUGUGUGAAAUUAUUUAUUGUUGCGAUUUUCGACUUUCAUGUGUAA